AUGCUGACCGCUGAUGCUGUUUCCACAAAUGGCACGGCUGAGAGUUCCACGAGCACCGUGUCAAAGAAGGGCUCCAAGAAAAACGCCAAGAAGGUGAACAGGAAAACCAGGAAACACAAGAAGAGCAGGAAGGAGAGCUACAGCAUCUAUAUCUAUAAAGUGCUGAAGCAGGUCCACCCGGACACGAGCAUUUCGUCCAAGGCGAUAAGUAUCCUCAACUCGUUCGUCAGCGACAUCUUCGAGCGCAUCGCGUCCGAGGCUUCCCGCCUGGUGCAUUACACCCGCCGCCAGACCAUCUCCUCCCGGGAGAUCCAGAGCGCCGUCCGCUUCCUGCUGCCCGGGGAACUGGCUAAACACGCCGUCUCGGAAGGAACAAAAACGGUCACCAAAUACUCGAGCUCCAAGUAG